UGACCCGUUGGCUCUCUCUGCGUCCAGGUGAGGAACAGUGGACGGAUUCCUACCAGGACCUUGAGGAUCUUCGCGCUGUAGAGUUUUAAGUACUUGAGCGAGUUUUAUUUGUUUCUAAAGGACGUAAAGGAACCAAACAGCUUCUACAAAAAAUGCCCCAGCACUAGCUGAACAUGUCUUUAGAGGAAGCGUUUGUAUCGAUCCAUGAGGAGAAGUUGGCGUCCAAUGAAUCGUGGGACUGCAGGAGCGUGCCGGCCGCCUCGGGGUCACCUGUGUGGCACGCGGGCAUCUUCAUCGCCGCCGUGUACGCGCUCAUCAUCGCCGUGGGGCUCGUGGGCAACGUGACGCUCAUUCGGACCUUCUGCACGGCCAAGUCCAUGCGCAACGUGCCCAACCUCUUCAUGUCCAGCCUGGCUUUCGGCGACGUGCUGCUGCUGGUGACGUGCGCGCCCGUGGACGCCUGCCGCAUCCUGGCGAGCGAGUGGCUCUUUGGGAGGGUGGGCUGCAAGCUCAUCCCCUUCAUCCAGCUCACGUCCGUCGGGGUGUCUGUGUUCACCCUCACCGCGCUGGCGGCGGACAGAUAUAAAGCCAUUGUGAAACCCAUGGACAUCCCAAUGUCCCUUGCCACAGCCAGGAUCUGCUUGAGGGCUUCUGCAAUCUGGCUCUUGUCCAUGGUCCUGGCCAUCCCAGAAGCCAUCUUCUCUGACCUACACCCUUUCCAGAUCUCAGGCACCAAUGAAACCUUCAUAACAUGUGCUCCAUUCCCUCAUGGGGAGGAUCUCCACCCCAAAAUCCACUCCAUGGCCUCCUUCCUUAUUUUCUAUGUCAUUCCUCUCUUCAUCAUCUCUGUGUACUACUUCUUCAUUGCCAGAAGUCUGAUUCGAAGUGCGACUAACAUGCCUGUGGAGGGCAACAUAGCCAUUAGGAGACAGAUCGAGUCAAGGAAGCGCUUGGCUAAGACGGUGCUGGUGUUUGUGGGCCUUUUCGCUGUCUGCUGGCUGCCCAAUCAUGUGAUCUACUUGUACCGCUCCUACCACUACAACGUGGUGGACGCGUCCAUGAGCCAUUUCGUCGCCAGUGUGACUGCACGUAUUCUGGCCUUCACCAACUCAUGUGUCAACCCAUUCGCCCUGUACCUGCUCAGCAAGAGUUUCCAGAAGCAGUUCAACAAACAGCUGUGCUGCUGCUGUCCUCCCCUGUCACGCCGCACCCAUAGUGUAGUGCGUGGCAACACACGCAUGAGCUCCCUGAAGAGCACGCAGAACCACACAGUGGCCAGCUUAAGCCUAGCCAAUGGCAACCAUCUGUUCCAAGAGGGCUAGGCAUGUUUUUUUUUCUCAAUGUUAUCCUUUAUAAUAACCAAUCCAUUCUACAGUGUAAAGCAGCAGGAGGACCUACUCGGCUCUGGUCCUGCAGGGCUGUAGUCUGUCAAAGUUUGGUGAUUUCACACUAGAGGUUGCAUGACUAUAAACUUUGAGUCAUCAUUGUCACAUUUAAAACUCUGGAUGUUUGUUAAAAGUAUCUUCUUAGUAGCUUGCUAAUUACGGCUAGACACUGCGGGUUGAGAUGUGUACUGCAGAACAGUUCUUGUUGUAGGUAGUAAGUUUGCUGUGCAUUUAUCAACCACUACUCCAUUUUAUCAGUGGUUUGUUUUUGUUUUAAGCAUGUCACACUAAACAUGCUGUGAUUGGUCAAUGUACCUGUCAGUCAAAUGGUCCUUUCCUAUCCAAGAAGCGCAUUGGCAUGUACCCAGUCCAGCUUACCAGCAUGUAUUUAAGUGCAAUUUUACACAGCUUGCAAUGAAAUUGGUUUAAUCUUGUGUAGUAUUUCAGUUUUUCAGCACCAACUAGUGGAUUUCUUAGUUGACUCGUCUAUGCAACCCCAAACCUACUAAACUUGGUAAUUAAUACAUGGGUUGAAUCAGGUGCAAACAUUCCCCAAACUGUGCUGGACUGACACUCUCCAGGACCGGAGUUAGGUAUUUUGUAUAGCAGACAUGCCCAAUCCUGGAGGUCUACCACCCUGGAGAUGUCCUUGAAGAUCUUCAUUAACUGGACCAGCGGUGCCAGAUUUGGGUUGGAGCUGAACUAUGCAGUAUGGUAGAACUCCAGGUCCAGGAUUAAACACCCCCACUCUAAAGUAAAGCUGUUUAAUCUUGCUCUAGAAGAUCUACCUUUCUACAAAGAAUAGUACAAACUUAACCUUCACAAACCUGAUUCUGGAUUCUGGAUCACUUUGGCUUGAAUUUACUCGAUUUAAAGUCAACUUGAAAUUACAAUUGACUAUUUUUUUAUUUCAUGUCCCUGGUCAUCUUAAGCACAAGUCAUUGACUCGUAUAAUUUAAAAGAAACAAAGUUUCCCAUAAUAUUCCAUCAAGACGUAGUGACUUUUUCCUGCCUCUAAAACACUUGAUAUCACGAUACACCAGCAGGUGGGAGAAAAUAAUAUUAACUAAUAAUAUCAUGUUUUACCUCCCCUUCCCACCAUGACCACCCAUCACUGAGUGAAACUCUCACCUAGUACAGCAGACAUCUAUCCCUAAUACCGUGUUUUGCUCAGAAAUAUGUCACAGCACAAGAAGGAAUAUGCAUUGUGAUUUGCUUUUAAUUUAAUAAAAUACAUCAGUGCAAUUGACCAAUCCAUAUUCCACCAAAAAACAGCACUUGUGCAUCUACCGAUCAAGCUUUAUGGAAUGCUGGCACAAAUCCCACGUAACCAACUCCAACUUUUGGAAAUGUGUAAAUUUGGAGUGCAUUUAAUUAAUUUUAUGUUGAGUGUUGGUGUUUGUGAAAGGUCACACUGUUAGAAUAGAUGGGCUAUACGUUUUUAUUCAUUUAUUUAUUUAUUUUCUUGUAGCCAUCAUGGUUUUAGGGAUAAACAUCUUACUGACUCACUGGCUUCAUUUGUGUCUACCUGAAAUCAAAUUAUCACGAUUGGCUCCUCCCACUCCGUUCUUUUUUGUUUUAGUGUUCCAUGUGCAUUUGUUUAGAUUCAUGCCCCUUGUUCUGUGACUUCACCACUGAUUGUUUUCACCUGUCCCUCGUCUUCCCGGUGUGUAUUUAAGCCCUGUGUUUGCCCUUUGUGUUUGCUGGUCUUUGUUUGAUGUGUUUGCUGUUGUUUGAAUCUGUCCUGUCCUGUCCUGUCCCGGAUCUAUCCGUGUUAGCUCUUUGACCCUGAACUGUCUCGACCCUGAUUUUGGAUUUGCCCUUGAUGGAUCUCGCUUAUCUCCGCAUAUGUGUCCGCCACCUCGCUCCCCGUUACACAAAUCAGUGGUAAUAUUAAGUACUAUUCAUCACUUAAGAGACAGCACUUUUGUUUUCCUGGAAUCUUCAAUCAAAGUGUAAUUUCUUUUUGUCUGCCUCUAAAAGGUCUUCUAAUUUUUUUAUUUUGUCACCAUGCAGCAAAACAGUCAGCUAGCUCAGAGAUCCUCCCUAAUACCAAAUUUCACUCAGAACAGUGUCACAGGGAAAAUGAUUUCUGAUCCACACUGACUGAAACAUUGCAGCCUACACCACUAUACACAAACAUUACUCUAAAGCAGGGCUUCCUAGCCUUUUGCAUCUCAAAGUUUCCACAUGGUGGCCACUUUACUUGUAGAUGGCCAAGGUUGAGAUCUUUCCUUUUGGAAGACCCUGACCCUUUGAACCAUUUCUCCAUGAUAGAUGAAUUCCAUACAAUCGAAACGUGGAACAGCCAACAGGCCUCUACCAGUACCUCUGCUUCCUACAGAUUGAAAACCACUGUUCCUUCGGACUUAGUGUAAUUUUCCUCAUUGUUACUUGCAGUACAGCAUUCUAGCAAACCAGAAAAUACACAACUUGCUGCCUCAAGCUGUAUCAGUAAAGUCACACUCUGCUUGGUAGCUAUCUUGGUGAGACAAGGCAAUUAUUUCCAGUCAUACAAUACCACACUACCAUCUCUUUGAAUGGAGAGAUACCUAAAAACCUGAAACCCUGAAGGCCAAAUUACCAUUUCAAAAACAUAUUUGAAGUCACAGGUAAAAUCUGACAAAAAUCUUAGUCUUAGUUUGAAGCAUCUGGCCUAAAUAACAUACAAAAACAUGUUUUUUUUUCAGGCUGUUCUGGCUACUGCAUUUGCACAGAUCUCCACAACUGACAUGGGCUUUUCUUGUUUGCAGCUUUACAAGCAACUUGAUUUUAUGAGCUUUUUAAUUCAUUUUCAGGAACCUCCUCCUUUAUAAUUUCUCUGGUAAAGUCACUAUUCAGUGACAGAGAGACAGAGACAGACAGAGAAAAGUAGUGAUAGGACAUUGAUUCCAAAAGAAUUGAUUCUUUGGCACCAACCCAUGUAGUCACAUGACUCUGUGGUCAUAUAAUGCACAUGACUUGGUUAGUGACUCUGAGAGUCCAGUUCACUUGGAAUCGAUUUUUUAACUUAGGCUAUUAAGGAUGUGCUAAAAUAUUAGUCAGCUGUAAUCAUUCGUCAAGCUACCUGAUAUUUCUUAGAAUUAAUCUAUGAAUGUCCAUCAAACUAUAAUGUGGAGCAAUUCACAAACUGGGUAAACUACAUUUAGGAUGCCAUAUCUCUCUGCUAUACCCUUUAUCACUAGCUCUGGCGCACUUUGUUAAAAUUAAGCGGAAUUGAGGAGUCAAGUCCUUCAGUUCCAGAGGCAAGUGUCAAGACCUGGAGUCGACUCCAGAAAACCCCAGUUCUACAUCACUAGACAGAAGUGGAAAUCUUUACAUCUCAAUGAAAAAGGGCAGACCUACACAAAAGUCACUCGAGUAAGAAGUCAAAAAUGCAUAAGGCAGGGUAAGAUCACAUAUUUAAAUAUUUUGCAUGAAAAAGUUGUGCAUUACAGUUUCUCAUUUGCAGUAUUGGGGAUAAUGUGUCAAGUAAUGCCUUACAGUAAUAUAAUUACUGUAUAACCCAUUUUACAGUCACAGGCUUAUUAAGAUUUGCAUUACUUUUGGUACUUGUACAUCUUUAAGAGAACAUAAAAUAUGCUUGAUGCAUCUACAUCAUAAACUAGCUCUCUUGAUUUAUUAUCCAUGCCUGUCCUACAUAAUUUCCAUGCAUACAUGCUGCCUGCAUCAGCUGACUGCAUUACUAUUGAUUGUGAAUGUGAGUAGCACAACACAAGCACAGGAAGUGUGGUAAACAAACUGUCAAAACAUCUGAUUACGCUAAUAUGAAACUGAUGGAUAAUAAUCCCUGUGCUGAAGCAGAGAGAGCCCUGACCCCACCUAAACAGACACAGUUUCAUUCACAAACGGCUCUCUGAGCUUUACAUUUUAUUCGAAAAACUUUAUUGGGAGGCUGAACUGUUUCUACUGGACAUUCGAACAGCAUCAGCUGUUAAUAAUUUUAACCAGCAUAACAGGCUGCGUCUUGUCUGUUUUCUGUGAUUGACUAUUUAUUUCUGAAUAAAUUACUGAAAAGGACUAUUGAGUUUACCUUGUACAGUUGAUACAAGCAGAUGUUACAGAGUAGUAUUUUUUGAGAACUACCCCAGAACUGCUUCGUGAAGUGUAGCAGCAGUUAUGCACUGUAAGAUAAUGCAUUCGUGUGCUGUAUUUCAGUUAUAUACAUUACAUUUGGCAAAAGCUGAGUUGGUAUAAUAAUUAAGCUGAUGUAGUAAUUGAUAUAGUUUUACUUAUAUGGAACCAUUGUGCACAUUCAUUCAGACGUUUUGUUACUGUGGCUCAUUUUUCAGAGAGCAUAAGAGUGCUGAUCUGGGAUCAGCUUAAGCUGUUAUAACAUUAAAUCAAACACUUGAACUAACCCCAGAUUAAUUUUUUUCUUAGACACUUGAUAAAGUACCAGUAGUAGGGCAUAGCUGUUAUAACGUGUACAGCUAUAGUAAAGUUGGCAGCUAUUGUUAGUUUUUGUUUGUUGUUGGUGAAAUGCAUUAUGGGCCUGAAUAUGUGCUAUGCUUUACUCUCUAAAGUGCAAAGUUUUCAGCGGCCUUGAACACUAUUGACUCUAGGCUAUCUUUUAUUGUCAUAUUGGUUUUCAAUUUUCACAAACAUUUCUCAAGUCUGUGCUCAUCACUUAUAGUGAAACGUGAGAGAACUUCAUAACGACUGUACCGUACAAUUCUACUAUGUAUCCAGUGAAAUGCUUUAGGUCUCUGCUUUUGUAAUGUUCACUUUUAUUAAUGAAUGGUCAUAGUAUACAUUUAUUAAUUGUGAAAAUGAUCUAGCUUGCAUCACCUGCAAUACAUAAUAUGACUGUGUAUUGUAUAUAUGGUUUUCAUUGCCACAUUUUGGACUGUGAAGGCUCAGUGUGUUAAUGCAUUAGCAGCUGAACAUGAAUGUUGUCUCUAUAGUUUAAUCGUUUUAUCUACUACAGCUGAAAAAGUUAUGUGCUUUGACAGUCAGUGAACAGUAAGAUUUUUGCAUCCUCAAAAAAAAAAAGGCUAGACACAGUUCAAAUGAGCAUCCA